ACAGUCAGUCGACAAGCGAAACGGAGAAAGUAUAAAGUAAAAGCUGUUACCCCACCGAUUGUUGUGACACGAAAGACGAAAUAGAUAAUAUAUUUUGUGUUUUCCAUGCUUGUUAUUUUUAGCAUGAAGAAACUUUUCAAAGAGUUUCAAGAUUUAAAUCAUGAAUGAGUUCAAUGAGUUUUGUAAAGCAUGGAAGCAAGAAUUUCCAGGGCAAGAUCUGCCCACUAUUUGGGAAGUUGACACUCGUGCUAAUCUUCUUAUGCAUAAGAAAAAUCUGGAUUAUUUGAAGUCAGAAGUACGUAAAGAAGAGUUCUAUGUUAAAUUUCUCGAAAAUGUAUUAUCCAAUGCUGAAAGCAGAAAACAGCAAGUGUCAGAAACCAUUACCAACGAAUCAGUAUCUACUGAUGUGAGCAAAUCGACAGCUACACCACAUACAGAAUCCUUGCAGCCUGAUUUUGUCACUGUUAUUUCAAUCAUUAACAAACUUGAAAAUUCCCAAGAACUUUCAAAGCAGGCAGUGGAAAGGCCCAAAGCACCCCCAAAGCCUUUAAAGCAAUAUUCUAGGAGCAUUUCAACGCCAUCUGAAAGCCCUUCCAAAGUAAAACCUGAAAAUUUAAUAGCAUGGACAAAGCAGCAAAUCCAGCAGCUUCAAACAAAGCAGACCAUUGCACAUGGAGAUUUGUCUGAUUCAACUUCCCUUAUAUCAACUAAAAACAAUUCUGAUAACCCAACUGAUGUGAGUUCAAGACGUCGGAUCAGCUAUGAAAAUGUUAAACAUCCAAGAGCAGACUAUGAAAAUGUGUUGGGUAACUUUCCAAACAGCAGCAGAGAACCAGAAAAUGGAGAUCUCAAGAGACUUCCAACCCUGCCAAUAACAGAUAUGGAUUCUGAACAAGGAGGAGUGUUACGAAAUAUUGCCCUCUUUGAAAGCUCCAAACUUGCCUUUCCUCCAGUUUCUCCUCGCCAGCCAACACAAGUGGUCGAUGAAGAUGCUUUCUAUGAUUCCGUCCCCCAAGAGGAAAAUAUUAGCUAUAUUGAUGCUGAGAACUACAUUUAUCUACUCGAUAAACCAGAAGAAAUUGAUGAUCGCGAAGCAGAAAUAGAGCAGAAUGGAACCCUAAAAUCGUUUAGCAGUACGAUAUCAGACGAUAGUAGUACAGGAAGUCUACGACGUCGCCUGUACGCUAAUCUCUCGAAUUUGGACGAUUUAGAUUCUCCCAGACCCCUGACAGCUAAACAGCAGCUUGUACUACAAAAUUUCUUUGAUAGUGAAGAAAACUAUGUUGGUGCUUUGAAUGUGGUACUGCAUUACAGUAAGGCCUUAACAGCUGCCUUGAACAGUUCUCAACCUGUUUUGACCAAAGAGGAAAUUGCUUGCAUUUUCUUCCAUAUCCCUCAGUUACAUUUUAAUCAUUCAGAAUUCCUCCAGAGCAUUAAAAGUAUCAAGUUGGUUGAUUCAAAUUUGAUUCAGAUUGUUCAGUUGCUAAAAGGUUUUUCCGAGAAUGUCCUUCCCGAGUAUGCUAUUUUCUUGUCAAACUUCAAAGAGGCACUGGAAAUGACUAGGAAAGCUUGUCAAAAUUCAACACAGUUUGCAGAUUUGGUUCGCCGUAUUAAAUUGAGAUCUAGCAAUCAACAGAUGGUGAUAACUCUGGACGAGCUGUUGCACAAACCGGUUGCUCGUAUCCAACGCCAUGUCGCUGUUGUACAGGAUUUGCUUGACGUGAGUACGCCAGACGAACCGGCCUAUGGAAUGUUGCAAGAAGUUCAGCAAAUAACGAAAACAUUUCUCAGCGAAUUCAGCACUAAUCAACUUCAGUCUUUAUUUCCUGCCCAGACAGCUAAAAAUCAUCCGGUCGUCCAAACUAGCAGACACUUGGUGAAAAAUGGAUUUCUGGUGGAACUUCAACCCGAUGGAAAGAGAAAGCAGCGACACUGUUUUCUCUUCACCGAUCUUAUUGUUUGUACCAAGUAUAAAGGAAGUGCAGGUAAUUUGGAAAUCAAGUGGUAUCUUCCAUUAGCGCAAGUUUCGGUUUCAACGGACGAUUCUGCUUCGAAGCUGAACAUUUCUGCACUAACAAAUGUUGCGUCGUUAAGAUCACAAGCAGCUGCUGUCAGAACGCAAUUGGAACGCUCAACAGCCGGUUCAGAUAGGCAGCGGAAGAAGUUGGCCUCUUUGGAGGCUAAACUCUUGUUGGAUUCGCCAAAUCUUCCGUUAAAAAUCUCAUACAAACCUAAAGGGACCUGUAGUAAAUCAAGCCAGUCAUUCACUUUCUUGCUUUCCUCUGAAUUUGAGAGAACACUUUGGGUGGAGGCAGCUGAAACUUUAAAACGGAACAUCGAACGACUUCCUGUAGUUUAUUUGCAACCGGAAGAAGUAGAAAAUAACAUCAGAGCUUGCCGGACAGCAGUUGAACCAAUUGUUGGACUUAUGAAGAGUUUGGCCGUACAAGCCAUCGGGGGAGAGCUACAAGUUGUAGUUCAUUCACUUCGCGGAUUAUCAAAGCAUUGCGAUGUUUAUGUGGUGUUCGAAUUGGAUUCCUGUGGUCAUUACUUUCAUAAAGCCCGAACCAAGAUGGCAAUUAAAAGUUUGGAACCGCGCUGGGAAGAAGAUUUCCACAUUGAUUUGGAAGGGGCACGAGGAAUGAGAAUUUUACUUUACGAGGAAGACGCAAAACAAAACGCUAUUUUACGCGGCAAGGCCGAGAUUGAGCUCUCUGGUGCCUGGCUAAAAUCAUUGAAAGGUCCGCAAUAUAUCCCGCUCUCUCAUCAGUUUUCGACGAGAUUAUCACUAGCCGAAGCUACACCAGCUGAAGAUUUAACUUUGUGUAUAAGUUUUCGAUACGUCUCGCAUGAUGUCACUUUACGCCGGCCAGCUUUGCGCGGUAAUUCUGUAACCAUAUUUGGUGUACCGAUAGAAGAGGUCUGCUCUCGAGAGAAACGAACUAUACCACACAUAAUCUCGUGCUGUGUCCGUGAAGUUGAGCGUAGAGGGCUAGAAGAGCUUGGUAUAUAUCGAGUGUCUGGUUUAGCCACUGAAAUAGCUAAAUUGCGCAAAACUUUCGAUACUCGUGGCGUAGAGUGGGAUACUGUACUGAAAGAUGUCGAUGUGAAUUCUAUAAGCGGUUUAUUAAAAUUGUACCUUCGCCAGUUGCCCGAAGCGUUGUUUACUGAUAGACUUUAUCCGCAUUUUCUUCAGGCAUUCAGUACAUUAGACGUUGCUUCAAUGAAUGCCGUCGAGGACAUUACUAUUACUCGCGAUGUUGGGGUUAGAAAUCUAGCCAUACUAUUCUCCUCAUUGCCGCAAUUGAAUCAAACGGUCAUAAUGCACUUGCUAGACCAUUUGAUUUGUGUCAACUGUAAAGAAGUGAAGAACAAAAUGUCUCUCCAUAACCUAGCUACUGUAUUCGGCCCUACUUUGUUACGACCAGCUCCUACCGAUACUCCAGACAGUCUUGAUCAACUCGCAAUGGGAACAAUUGACGUGAUGGCGCAAGCAGGAAUUCUCCACUACUUUCUGCUUAGGAGAGCACGCCGACUUCCGAUUCAGUAUCCUCCCGUCUGAUGUUAUAAGGUUCAGCAGCUACUUAAAAUAUCGUUAUUUGGGACCCGAUUAGUAAGUGAACCAACUUAAAGAUUCUCAUUUUUUAUAUCGAGAAAAAAACAGGGACCAACUGUCCAUUAAGUCAAAGAGAUGCAAUAUUUUUGUUUUAAAUAUUUUUGUUGAUUUUCGAUUUCCCCCACAAAACAUCAACGGGGCGUGUUACAUUUUUAGAUCUUGAACCAGAGCUAACCAUUUUUAUACAAAAUGUAUUGCCAUAAAGAAUAAGUCUUAGUUUAAAUGUU